AUGAUAUUUCCAUUAAGAUACUGUUCUUUUUUACUCGCCUUUUUUUUGCGCCUAAUCACUGCAGCAUCUGAAGAUUUUACUUUGAAAUUAAGUGCUGCAGGAACUAAAGUUGAUGGGUUUAACAUUUAUGUUGAUGACCAACAUAGAAUUGUUUUGUCAAAGUCUGGUCAAUCGAUGAGUGGUGCAAUCCAGGAUGAUGGUACAUUAAAAUUGAAUAAUGGCGAAACCGUUGGAAUUGGAAAAAACUACCUUUCCACAGAAGCAUUGUCCUCUUCAUUCAUAAUUGCAGAACCAUGGACCAUUGUCGGAGGAAAAUUGAAGCUAUAUGAUGGUGACUUCCACUCCAUUUAUUCCGGUACAGAUGACAUUUACGUAUUAGGGUCUAAGAAUGCUGCUAUGGGGCGUUCUGAUGUAAUUGUGGUGUCUAUCGUCCCAGUUGAUAGCAAUGGAAAUGUUAUUGCGGACUUUUCUGCCACCACCUCAUCCUCAUCAGCGGCUUCCUCCACUGCAGCAAAGACAAGUUCUUUUUUAAGCUCUACUACUUCUGCUUCUAUCAGUUCUAAUACCGUUGAUGGAGGUAUUCCCAGUUCAUCAUCAACCCCUUCUGUUUCAUCAUUUUCAAGCGCUUCUUCUUCUGAAUCGUCAAUUUCAAGUAUUUCUCCUUCUGUCACAAUCGCUUCCGUUACAUCUUCAGUUCCAAUAUCUACAACUCUGGAGUCUAGUACAAGUCAAAAAGAUUUGAACAGUGAGUCGUUCAGUUAUUCGAACGACUUCCAAACGACAUCGCUGAAGGAAGGCAGUUCUGCAUCUGAGAGCACUACCGGUCAUAUUGCCACAUCUAUCUCGGUAAGUUCAAGCAAUCAAACUACUGCCACAGUAGAAAGUUUGUAUAGUGGUGCAGCUUCCCAUACUAGAGCAACAUUAAGUCUUCUAUUCUUACUUUUAGGAGGAUUCGUUUAG